UUUCAUUUGAUUAUUUUCUUAAUUUCUAAUUUUAAAUAAUAAAUUUUGUAUAUGCAAAGAAUGGCGGAGGGAACAGUUUUCACGGCGUCAAUAGAAGGAAUUCAACAUGUGAAGUCUGAAGAUGGACAAAUCUUAACAAAACCUUAUUUGGAUUUAUGCAAAACUAUAUUACCUGUCUUAGAUAGCUUUGGAUCAUCCAUGUCCAUUGUCAAAUCUGAUAUCAAUGGUAACAUUACGAGAUUGGAGAACAAAUAUUCAAGCAACACAGCAGAAUUCUAUGUGAUGCAGAGUAUAGUAAGAUCAGAGAUCAAUGGAAAAUCAGCAAAGAGUUCAUCUAGCUGCACCAAUGGUCUACUUUGGUUAACAAGGGCUAUGGACUUCUUGGUUGAACUUUUCAUCAACCUUUUGCACCAUCCUGAAUGGACUAUGACUCAAGUUUGCUCUGAUUCUUACAAUAAGACCCUCAAGAAAUGGCAUAACUGGCUUGCUAGUUCUACCUUCUCCGUGGCCUUGAAGCUUGCUCCUGAUAGGAAAAAGUUCAUGGAUGUAAUAGGUGGAAAAGGUGAUAUUAAUUCUGAUAUGGAGAAGUUUUGCACAAACUUCAAACCACUUCUUGAAGAGAAUCACAAGUUUUUAGCUAGUGUUGGAAUGGACAGUUUGAAAGCUUGAUGAUGAGGAGCACACAAUUAAUGAAUUUCUUGAUUUAAUUAUCAAUUUGUUUUAUUUUUCAAUUUUGUUUGCACUGAUUUGUAAAAUUAUAUGACAAUUAUUAUGGAUGUUCUUAGUAUAGAGAAUAUUGUCUUUUUA